UAACAUUGGAUCUCCCUUCUACAGUUAAGCAGCAACUGUAUGCAAGAGGUUCAGCGUGUGAUGCAUGAGAGAGCAGCUUAUGUGGACCUACAUCCAGAGAUAGAGAAUGUUUGUAUGGAUAACCUGGCUAAAUUCUGCUCUGACCAUACUGGACCUAGAGAUGAAAUAACUUGUCUUCAGGACAACCUUGAACAGUUAAGUAAAGAGUGUAAGCAUGCAGUGAGUAAUUACACAGAAGCUGAAGCAAAGGACACUAAGCUUAAUGCAGAGCUGACAAUCCAGUGUGCAUCUGCCAUACCUCAGGUAAGCUUCUACUGCAAUUACUCUCACUUGGUUAUAAACUCCCUAAACACUCACUUAACAUCUCUCAAAAUCUCUUUCUCUCUCUCCUCUACACUCCUCUCUUCUCUAAGUGCAUAAACAGUAUAACCCACU